AUGUGUAUUCUGUGCUGGAGCCCGCGCGCCGGUACCCAAGUGCUAAAAUGUGUGUUGUGUUGGAGAUGUUCUCAAAUGUGAACCAAUUAUGUGAAUUUUGUUUAGUUAUUUAAAAACCUUAUAUAACCUUAGUUAAUUAUGCCUUCCACUUUAGACGAGAGUGGUUGCCCAAUAUAUAGUAUUUUGAUGGACAAUAAUAGUUCUAAUGUUGCGGUACAAUGUGACGCUAAGAAGCAAUGUGAAGAUAUAAGUUACGUUAAACAAAAAAUGCUGGAAGCCGAUUUAAUAAUAAGACAUUACAAAAACAAAAAUCUGUUUGAUAAAUCGGGAAGAUUUGACAGAUUGAGUAACUCUCCAGAUGGAUAUAAUGAAGCUUGUAAUUUCAAUGUGGCUGCAUCAAAUGAAUUGAAUAAUAACUAUGAUGUCAUACCACAGGCGGUGGGUCUAGCUAAAGAAAAAGCUCUACUGGAAGCAAGGCUGGCUUCAACUGAUAUCAAAAUUCAGGAAAUGAAAUCGCAUAUUAAUCAACUUCAGAUGCUGGUUACUGAAUAUGAAACACAGAUAGAAGCGUUGAAAAUAGAAAAUCAAUUACAAAAAUGUAAUACUAAAGAAUACAACAAUAUGAUAAAUGAUAUAUGUCUGUUCAGAGACAUUGUGCUCGGAAAAAAAAAGAUGCAAACCAGACAUAAAAAGGUUUUAAAGAAGUAUGAUAAAUAUAAAUCGACUGCAAGUGAUAUCCCUGAUUGUAGUAUCGAUGAAAUGGAAAUAUGUAAUCAAUCAACAGUUAAGGCAGCAAAGAAAUCUAAAAACAAAUCCAAUCAGGUGAAAGACUUAUUGAGUGAAACAAGUACUGUCAAUAAAAAUGUAGGGAAAGGUAGUAAGUUAUUGCUACAAGUUAAUGGACGACAAGAUUCCGAUGCUGUUAACGAAAUCAUCAGUGAAGAUUCCGGUUUCAGUUCGUUUGGUAACAGCCCUGAUUAUUAUCCAACCAAUAGUCCUUGUAGUACAACAAACUACACUCAAAAAGAGAAGAAAAACCACGUCGAUAUUGCUACCAGUCCUAUUACUGUACAGGAAGAACUUAAGAUUAUCACACAUCCUACAGAUAUAGAAAAUCAAGAAAAGUGCAGCUCUUGCAGUCAAUUGAGUAACAACCUAAAAACGGAAAAGACCUAUACAGAUAGAGCUACAAGUCCUAUCACAAUAGAGGAAUAUAUCAUUGAAAUUAUUAAUUCAGGUAAAGAAUGCACUGAAAGCGAUCAAUACAUCCAAGAUGACAUACCAUGUGAAAGGCAAAACAAGAACGUUAUACAUGAUGAAUCUAACAAAACCCGUACAGUACAAGAUAAUGAAAUAGAAAUCAAUGAUGAAAUUCAAGACUGUGUAAAAACAAAAGAAUUAGCCAGUUCUGAAAUGGAAAGUUAUUUUAAUGAUUUAGAAGAACUUGUUAGCAACCAUCCAAUGAAUGAUACGCCACAGGAAGAAAAUAACGAAGAAACAAAUGAAAUUAAUGCAGUAGAGGAAGAUCUGGAAGAUGUGAUAAAUGAUGACAAAGAUAACAUAUCUUUAUGUGAUUCUGAUAUUAUAGAGGGAUGUCUGUUUGGUCAAGAUAGUUUCGAAACCAAUAUUCCAUUAGAAAAUGAAAUAAAUCAGAAACAAUUAUCUGAUGUAGCGACUAGUCCUAUUACAGUUCAAGGGAAAUUGGUAGAAAUAGCAACUAGUCCUAUUACAGUACAAGGAAAAUUGGUAGAAAUAGCAACUAGUCCUAUUACAGUACAAGGAAAAUUGGUAGAAAUAGCAACAAGUCCUAUUACAGUACAAGGAAAAUUGGUAGAAAUAGCAACAAGUCCUGUGAAAUUUGUAGACUGCCUACCUAACAAUUUGAAUGCUGAAUCCAUUAAGAAACCUACCUUAAACUGCACAAGGGUUGUUGAAAAAAGUAAAACAAUUGGAAUAAAUACCGUGGCAAUUAAAAAGCGCGAAAAAGCAACUAGUCCUAUUAAAUUUGAUGUUAAUUCUGGAGAUCAGAAAACUACAUUGAGCUCAAGCGAGCAAGAAUGCCUGGAACUCAAUAAUAGUAAAAAACUUAACAGUUGUCAUGACUGUGAGGUAGAAACCAUUUUAAGAACUAUGCGAUUAGAUUGUGAACUAAUAACACCCAUUCCUAAAUCGCCAGCCAAACCGCAAAAAGCAGAAACAAUAUUAAGAUCGUCUCCAUGUCGCAGAUGUCAAGAUCUGGCCAAACUUAGGAAGGAAAAUGAAAACUUACAGUCAACUUUUCAGGAUAUCGCCAAAUCAAUGUCUAACAUGACAUGGUUAAUAAAAAGUAGAGGAGUAUUAAUAAAUAACAAUUUACAUAGUAAUGACAAAGAAUCUUCUGAAUCUGUAAUGGACGAGUUUACACCGCCGAUCACUUCUAAUGUAAAUAUUGAAGAGUUCAAUAAUGAAACUGAAAGUAUACCAGAUUAUUUACCAAGUUUAGAAGCUGUUAAAAACAAACCGACAGUGGUUACAGAUGUUGUAAGAAGGUUGGAAUUUGGUGAAAAAGAGAAUCAUCUCAAGAAAAAACCGGUUAUAAGUAAAGAAAAUCAACCAACGUCACAUUCAAACAUUUUGAAAUUAACUCAAAUUUGUGACAACCAAAACUCUCUAAACAGUAACCAAAUUCUGAACGAGUCCAAUGAAACCUUAUCAGAAGAAAGUACUAGCGAGGAGAUUAACCAAGAUGAACAGAUUUCAAAUACAGAUUUGGUAACAUCAGGUGAAAUUGAGAAAGAAGUCAAUAAAAAUAAAGACCAAACUUGCAAUAUGCAUGUCGAUGAAGAAAAUGUAUCUAGAUCGCCCACCAAAAAAGUCAAAAAAGCUUUAAAAUUGACAAAGCUAGAAAAAUGGAAGAGAACAUUGAUUCCAAAAUCCAAGAUCAGAAGAGAAUUAACACCACCAAUCAGAAAAAAUAAGAAAAAACAGAUUUUAAAGAAGAAAGUUGUAUUAGAUGAAUCUCCUAAACCCAAAAUAGCUGUAGACAAAAAUGCAGCUUAUAAAAAAGCAGUAGAAAUAAUGGCUGAAUUAAGAGAUAAAGAAAAUAAUAAAACCAUUGUAAAACCAACUGUAGCUAAAGCUUUAGAAAAGAGUGAUAAAUGCCAACAAGAAGUACUUAUUGUGUUAUCAAAAUGUGAUGAUUUUAUUCAAAAACAAACUAGUGAGGCUGAUACACAUAAUCACGAUAAAACAAUUAAUAAAGCUAUUGCAACAAACAAUACUGGUGUGCAGAAAGACACACAAGUAGACAGUAGUCCUGCACCUGUUACCACAAGGAGUCGGAGUAAAAGAUUGUCUUCAGAACUUUUUAAUAGCCCCAAAUCGGAUAAGAAACGAGAUGAACAUGUUCUAUCCUUAUUAGAAAAAGAGAAUUCUACAAGUCCUAUACGCAGAGGACGGAAACGUUGUGCGUCCGACAAAUCUGAGAGCACACCUAAAAAGAUAUUACGAGGUCCUGGCAUCCAUGAAUCUAGCAUAAAUAAGACUGAUAAUUCUAAUGCAAAUGUAAUGAAAUCACCGCGCAAAGAUUCAGAAAAUAUUGCAGUUAGAAGAACGUCAAAUCGCUUAUCUUGUUCACAAAAUCCGAAAGACACUGAUUGUAGUACAAAAGAAACUGUUGAUAACAAUGACAUGGAUGUCUCCAGUCAAACAUUACCUCAAAAUAAGCAACAAACUUGCGUAUUUGAACCGACGGUGAAUUUUAACGACCGCAUUUUCUGUAGAAUGUUAGAAAAAUAUGCAAUAACUUCAGUCAAAUACCAAGCCAAAAAACUACCAGAUGCUAAAAUUAAUAUGAUCGCAUCGAAACUGGAAGAUGGUAUUGCAACUAUUAUAGACCAACCUCGAAAUGUUAAGAAUGCAAUGAACGAUUUAGUUGAUGAAAUACAAAACUGGGAAAAGAAGGUGUUUGUGACUGGACUUAUGAUGUAUUUGAAGAAGCCGGCACGUAAAGACGAGCUGUUUAACACAGUGUUAGCGCCGCCCGCGCCGCCGAUGACCAAAUCUGAACAAGUACUUCUAUACAUAUUGAAGCAACUAAAAGCCUGUUGGGACCCAAAUAUUAUAGAAACUAUAAUGAAAAGCAUAGAGUACUCUCUAUUUCAAUUAAAUCAUACACCAGAUUUUGGAACAGUGGAGAGUCUAUCGCAUUUCUAUGCUAUUCUCUGCAGGUAUUUCUCAGUGAGUAGUCGGCUGCGACUGUUCAUGUUGGAUGCUAUGUACUGCAUUCAGUUCAAAUCGGUGGCGCUUAUAAAACAAUGUUUAAAUGUUUGGAUGCAUAUUCUGCCUUUGUCUCAUAUGGGAAUGGCUAAAUGCCCGUUAGUGAUGUGCUUAAUAUAUUUGCUGCACUUUUUUAAAUGCGAUGAUAAAUAUAACCGAGUCCAAGAAAUAAGAGAUAUAUUGAAACGUAAAUAUUUCUAUGAAGUAACAGACUGGAGUGAACCUAAGAUGCUGGAAAUGUUUAAGAAUGCAAUAUUAGAAAUACGUGAAGUUCCGGUUGAAAAGAAAAUGCUUCGAUUGGCGUUUAUAAUUCUUGCUAAACGCAAAGGUCCUAAUUGGACACAAAAGAACAUAAUCAAAGAUAUGAUCCAGCCUCUCAUAGAGAAGGCAGGUGUGCGGGACGCAGUGAGGGAGUUCAGUGUAUCAAUACUGGGGCCAUUGAUGAAGCCAUAUCCUAACGACAUGAAAGUGCAUUGUGAGGUUGUUGUCAAUCAGCUCCUGGAAAUGGUAAAUAAUGCUAAACCCAGUAUGGAGACGGCGAUAUUCACGAGUUUGCUGUACAUGCGGCGACACAACCCCGAGCGCGUCAAUCAGGCGCUGGUGAAGUGGCGCCCCCGCGUCUUGCCCCCUGACCUGGAGCGCCUGCUCAAAGAUUACAUCAGGGAGAAACCCGCUAGGGUAUGGAAAAUUAUACUCUCCAAAAUUCAAAUUACAUAAAUAUUGUGUAAUUUUGUGUGUGUGGGAAUUUUAGACCCUUAUAAAGAUUAGAUGGGAAUUGCAUUUGACGGAGGGAACAGAAAAAAUUUAAACAUCUCAUUUCUAUUACAUCUAUCAAUUUAAUGUAAGCAUCUAAUAUUGUGAAUGUCUAUGGACUAGGCUAAUUCGCUCUUUCGGCGAAUUCAGGUGGCCACUAGCUCAUUUACCACCUUAUGAUAUAAAACUGUAAAAACGUGUAUAUUUGAAAUAAUUCACUAAUUAAGUCAAGAAGAUAAGUUAAAAAAUGUUUUAGUUGUCAGAUCUGUAUUGCAAUUUUUACCAGUGAUUUUUUUUAUUAUGACAGUAUUAGGAAUUAUGUAAUAUCUAAUGUCAGUAUAUAAAUUGUUUUACCCUACACUUGUUCUUUAAAAGUUAUACUUUAAUUAAUAUGCUACAGUUAAUUAAAAAAGCAUUAAGCUUGAUUUAAAUCAGUUUUAUUUGGCAUCAUGAUUUAAUUCUAAUUUGAUUUUACAAAAAUAAAAUACGGUAAUUUUCGUGUGUUUGGUUUAUCACAUAUGAAAACUAUUAAUCUUGCUGCAGUUCUAUUAUCUUUUAUUCUCUUAACUCCUUGUGAAAAUUGUUAACACCAAAGAGUACUUUGGUAUGGACUCUACUAAGAGUGAUUUAUUUUAAGUCGUACUAAAUUGUAAAUGUGUAAUUAAAAAUAUUUGUUUUUUGUAUUAAGCGAUACUUGGUAUUUUGGUUUGUAUAAUUUUGCAUAGCAACAGCGGUUGCCUAGCAACGCGUUUAGCAGGUGAAUUCAUGUAAAACAUGCUACUAAUUUUUGUCUAUCUGAAUGUUCUACUAAAAUGUAAUAUAGAAACAUUUUAGCUGGACUAAUUAUUGUUCUAUUUCAAAGAAUGAAUUAUGGACAAUACUUAUUAUGUUUUUAAUAUUUGCAGAUGUGAUAGGGGUUAGGACAAAUCUGUAGUUUUCUAGCUCCUAGUGUUUCAUAAAAAUGCAGACUUCUGAUUGCUCUGUUUUACAUAUAACUUCAUUUUUAUCAAUACUGACUUACAAAAUAUAUUUGCUUAACCAAUUAUUAUUUCCAUUCCUAAAUUCUAGUCACUCAUUCUUAAGGCUUUUUGUUUUGUUUUCAUUUUAGUACAUGCUUCUGCAUUUUUUUAUCUUAUCUGUUAACCCAUUCUGCUGAAGCCUUUCAUACAUUUUGAACCUUUAUUUUUAAUCAAAGGACUUUGUCGCAGGACAGUAUUGAAGUCGGCAUCAUGUAGAAAUUAAAGCUAGGACUGAAUGCAAUACACAAUGUAACUGCAAUAAUUUUUACCCCCUUUUUUAGUGUUAAAAUGUGUAUAAAAAUUAGAGUUUUAAUAAUAUUCGUAAAAUCACUCAUUAAGGUACUGUACUGGUUACUCUAAACAAUGUAGUCAUAAGAAACGAUUGAAAGAUUUGUAAGAACAUUAUGGUGUCAAAGUUGUAUGUGUUUUUAGGUAUGGAUGUCUAUGUUUUUACUGAGGCCUAUCAUGAAUCUGCGAGAAAUAUGGUCGUUAUGAAAACUUUCUCGCAAGUUUUCGUGAUAGGUUCUCUUCGUGAUAUAUUGAUAGUUUUAAAUUAAUGCAAAUAACGUAUUCAAAUAGCUUAAUCACGUAAGCCAGUGUCUAUUUGUUAAUUAUUCAUGGAUUACCUCUUUCUGAGACAAUUUCGGUGUUUGCAGAACUGUUAGGUUAAGUUAAAAGUAAAAAACUGCUGCUUUCAAAUGAGUUUCAGUUUUGCGCACUAUACUCUCUGUGAUUUAUGUAGGAAUUAAAUUAAAAAAUAAACAUUUGAGUUUUAUAA